AUGGCAAGAGAGGUGCAUGAAGACCAAGCUCUGACUUUGCGAGUUCUUACAACUAGAUUCUAUGAGUCUGAGUUCUGGGCGAUCUCAGUCUUGUUCAAAGCAGAGCUAUGCUUUACGCAAGAGCCUGCAGUGACGUAUCUCGGUUUCCAGUUCGCCGAUCUGGAGGAUCCUUUUGUACAUACCUCGGCCACGCCGAAUGUGUCCAGGCACUACACUGAUAAAAACUACAUCCGUGGAAAGCAUAUUGAGGACUUGAUUGGCGAAAACGCGGUUCGACUCAACUGGUCUGAGAGAGACCGCAUCAUUAUGACAUUUCACUUGGCCAGAAACCAGCUACACAAAGGUGACCUCAAGCAGGUGAACAUCCGCGAAAUCUUGGAUCGUUUGGGCCUGCUAGAAUAUUCGCUUGCGGAUACCUCAAUGUCAUACCAUAGCGUCUGCGUUGCCAAAAUCACAAGCGCAUUGCAAUAUCGCCUCAAGCGGCUCCACGAAGAUGGCCAUGUGAUGGAAACUUUUACGAAGCCCUACAAGACUCAGUGGAAGCCUUACACCAGGGCUUGGAGAGAAGACAAUUGGGAUGGAAACACUUCGGUCGUGGUGUCACUAGAGUCAGAUUCAAUAACCUCUUUAGAGAACUCUAGUGGCCAAGACCUAGCCCAGCGCAUGGCCCAGUUGAGCAUCAACACUGGGCAAGGCCACAAGACCGCUUCUGCAGAGGCACAGGACCAGCAAAGACUGCUCCAGGAGCAACAGAGACUGGCCACUGAGCAAGAGCUUGCGCGUAACAGGGAGGAGCGCUUGCAGAUGGCACAGCAACGACAGCAAUAG